AUGCCGAACAUAAAGGCAGUACAGAAACUCAAGCAGCUAGUCUUUUACGGUCAUGGAGUGACAAGUCUUAGUUCAAGACUCCUGACAGGGUUUGCAGGAAAUGAUGUCUCGGUGGAUUACAUGACACUUCACAUGGGACUUCUGGGAAUCUCUGGACUCCUAACACUGUGUUUUCCACUUUUCUCAAACUCCUACGUUCUUCAGAUGACAUUUAGUGCUGCAUAUGGGAUGUAUAGUGGCGGCCCUAACUCUCUUGUCAGCCCAAUAACGAUAGAGCUUGUGGGUUUGAAGCAUUUAGCUGUUGGAGUAGGGAUCGAAAACUUCUUUUGUGGAAUUGGUUUCUUCGCUGGCCCUCCUAUUGCAAGUUUCAUAUAUUCAGCGACAAGGUGUUACGACUUCACGUUCGUAUUUGCAGGAUUACUUCUGCUACUUGCGGCAUUCUUUGGUGCCCUUGUGGCAAUAUUUGGGAAGCACAGGCAACAGAUGCAAGGUGUUCAGGCACCACAUGAAGUAAAAUAGGCUGUGGAUGUGUCUUUGAAAGGAUUGACAAGGAUUGCCACAACAUAUGAGCUGACGUUCAAGGAAGUGACAGUCGAGAGGCUGCUCCUCCAUGACAACCCCUACUACCAAUGCCUUUACCUAGCAAGGACACCGUAGGUCGAAAUGUAUGACAUGAUUAACAGUUAACAAUUCAAUUUAUAAAACAAUUAUGAAAUGACCUCAAAUCACGUUGUUUCUUUUCUCUACAAAAGAAAUCAGAUAAGGAAUACAAAAGAAAUAUUACUCUUUAGCGUAAGAAUUGUUUGUAUGUUGUUCCAAAAUACGUAGUGGUAGUCCAUACACAAUCCUAUGUUAUACGUUAAGAGUGUUUCCUUUGUUCGAGUCACCUCUCACAAACACGAUCUCUGAAGCUGGAGAGAGCGCAUAGCGGGAAUAUUGAUGAUUAAACAAUGAAAAGAAAGAAACGAUUCUGUGUGUCAA